GCAGGACUGUCCUACAAGAUGGGGCUCCAAACAAAAAAUGGUGGACCGAGUCUUGGCGCAAACCCCAGCUAUAAAAAGAGUUCUGGAUGAUCGGCGGCAUCAGCAUCUCAUUCCUAGCUGGCAGGACAUUGCAGUUUUGGAAUCGGUGAACGCAGCAUUGAAGCCAGCGGCUGAAUUUACGGAUCUGCUGUCUGGCGACACGUAUGUCACGGUCUCAUCCAUCAAACCCGUCCUAAAACUCCUCACUGAAGAUGUUUUAAAACCAUCGGAUGAGGACACCACUCUCACCUCGGACAUCAAGCGGAAGAUGUGCAGUGUUCUCGAGGAGAAGUACAGACCAGCUGCCCUACAAAAAACUUUGGCAAAGGCCUGCUUGCUGGACCCAAGAUAUCGUGGCAACAGUUUUGAUGAUGACACGGAGGAGACAAAGUGCGAGCUGAUUGAGGAAAUAUUAGACAUGGAGGACGGAGGGAGCGGUGCCAGUGCGUCGGCUGCUGCACAACAGGAGGCGCAAACAGCGGUGCCACCAGCGGCUAAAAAGAAAACCCUUGGAGACCUGCUGAAGCCACGGACAACCACCUCUGCAACUAUACCCAAGAGAGUUCGAGCCGACACCGAGCUCACACGGUACCUCCAGGAGGACCCCAUAGACUCAAAUGCAGACCCACUCGCAUGGUGGCGCGACAACCAGGGUAGAUUUCCUCUCCUCUUUAAAGUCGCCCGCAAGUACAUGUGCAUUUGCGCAACGAGCGCACCAUCUGAGAGAGUUUUCAGUGCAGCUGGAAAUAUUGUUACCCCUCUCCGAUCCUCUCUAAAACCACAUAAGGUGAAUAUGCUGGUUUUCCUCGCACGCAACAAGGACAUGACCCAGGACAGCAGAAACAGUAGAAACGCUUUAAGGAAACACAGAGAUUGAUGGAAGAAAAGAGAGGAAAAAAGAGAGGAAAAAGGAG